AUGGUCUCAACUCGCAACCAACGCAAAGCUUCUGGAGAAGAACUUUUAGGUCCUUUGCUCGUACACCGAAAGCCAAGGUCCAAGAGAGACAAUAUGACUGGAGAAAACAAACAGGAUACAUCUAGUGAUGGCGAUCGCAUCACUAAACUUGAGCAACAAGUUGAAAACUUGUCUGCAUCAAUCCUUAAACUCGUGGAGAGUUUGAAGACUGGAAAAUCUUCACGUCCAUCAACUUCAUCUGAGCCUGAUCAAAAGCUCAAGAAAAAGGUUGUUGAGGAUAGCGAAGAUGAAGACGACAUACAAGCUGAUCCAACGAAAAAGGAAGCUGAAUCAGGAGAUAUUGAUCCUGAAAAGCUAGAUAACUGGAUAGACACAUUAGAAACUUAUUUCACAGUUUAUAAGUAUUCUAAUGUGCAAAAAAUAAAAUAUGCGAGUUUGAAACUUUCAAGCCAUGCCCUUACAUGGUGGAAGUCCUAUCAGAGACGGUAUGAUGUCUCAGAAUUGACUUGGAAGAACUUCAAGAAGCUUUUGAGAAAACAAUUUUAUCCAGUUGGCUAUGAAGAUGAAAGAUGGUAUAAGUGGCAACACUUCAGACAAAGAUUUGGGCAGCCUGUACAAGAGUAUACAACAGAGUUCCACAACCAAGCUAUGGUUCUGGACAUUGACGUUGACGACUACGACGUUUUCAUGAAGUAUACCGGAGGUCUUGCCGACUACAUACGGAAAGAACUAAAAUUGUUCACCGUAGAUACUAUUGAAGAUGCUACUGUGAAGGCCAUAGCCAUUGAGGCAAAAAAUAAAAGAACUGACAAGAAGGAUGACAGAUCAAAACCUGUCAACAAAACUGACUGGCAGAAAAAGGGGAAGCAGAGCAAGGAAGGUCAGACACAGAAUGUCUACUGUGAUCACUGUCAAACCAGCAGACAUGCCAAAGACAAGUGCUGGAUACUCCAUCCAGAGUUACGGCCAAAGCGCGAGAAAAACAACCAAGGGAGAAAUGACAGAAAAGCCACAUUAACUGCACAACGGGCAGAAGAGCUUCCAGAGUUGAAGCAACCUGAUGUUACACUUACCCUUAUGACAAGACCAGCAGAUACUGAAGACACGUACAACCGUGAAGAGCUGUUUCAUGUGAAUAUCCAGGUGAAGCAAAGUGUUGUACAAGCUAUUAUUGACCCUGGAAGUCAGAAAAACCUGAUUUCAGAGGCUUUAGUAAGAACAGUGGGUUUAAACACCACACCACAUCCUAAGCCGUACCCGUUAGGAUGGAUUCAGAAGGAUGUUGACUUACAGAUCACGAAGCAAUGUACCUUCAAAUUUGCUAUCACCAAUCGAUAUAUCGAUGAGGUGACAUGUGAGGUGGUUCCUUUGGAUGUUUGCCAAGUCAUAUUAGGUAGUCCAUAUUUAUGGGACCGAGAUGCCAUCCAUUAUCGAAGGCUUCGCAAGUAUCGACUUGUGAAAGAUGGGAAGGAGUUCCACAUCAACGCUUGCAAGCCUCAAGCUACAAAUAAUUUGCUUACAGAUAAUUUGCUGACAGCUAACCAAGCCAAGAGGUUAGUCAAUUCAUGUGGGCGAUUCGUUUUGUUGAUGAUUCGACCGCAAGAUCAGAGUUCUAGAGCUGUGACAUUGUCUACAUUGUCUUUAUCUCCUGCACAAUGCUCAGACAUAGGGAAAUUACAGGAGAAGUUCAAGGACUUAUUUCAUGAUGUGCAGGGUUUGCCACCACGGAGAGCUGUGGAGCAUGAGAUCCAGUUGGUAGGAGAUUCACCUCUACCAAACUUGGGUUUGUAUCGUACUUCUGUGACGGAAUCUGACGAGAUCAAGAAGCAAAUUCAAGGACUUCUUGAACAAGGAGUCAUCAAACCCAGCUGCUCACCAUGUGGUUCGCCAGUGUUACUUGUGCCUAAGAAAGACGGAGACUGGCGUAUGUGUGUAGAUUAUAGGGCACUCAACAAAAUAACCAUUAAGAAUCGGUAUCCAUUGCCGAGGAUUGAUGACCUACUAGAUCAACUACAUGGUGCACGCUACUUCACUAAGCUUGAUCUCAAAUCUGGCUAUCACCAAGUCCGCAUCCAUGACGAAGAUACUUGGAAAACUGCAUUCAAAACAAAGCAGGGACUAUUCGAGUGGUUAGUCAUGCCAUUCGGAUUAUGCAAUGCUCCAGCUACCUUCAUGCGAUUGAUGAAUGAGGUACUCCGCCCUUUCAUUGACGACUUCGUCAUUGUAUACUUAGAUGACAUUCUCAUAUUUAGUGUCACAUGGGAGGAACAUCUUCAUCAUAUUGCUCAAGUUUUGGAGGUUUUACGAACAAAUCAGUUACAGUUAAAUGGUAAGAAGUGUGACUUUGGGAAACAACACCUUGUAUACCUGGGAUUCAUUGUUGGUGCAGGAGAACUGAAAGUGGACCUAGAGAAAGUGCAGGAGCGGCUAACAGGUGAAGGCAAGAAACUGAAGCCUAUUCGUUAUGGACCGUUCAAGAUCAUCAAACAAAUUGGUGAUAAUGCCUUUCACCUUGAAUUACCACCAUACAUGCAUAUGUACUCGGUCAUCAAUGCCGAGAAUCUUAAGCUUUUUGAGCCAUCUCUACUUGAUGAUGAUCCCGACGAAGACAUUCGGCUUCCAUCAGUUGAUGACUUAAAAAUUGAACUAGAAGACCCUUUGCUGAAGGAUUGUAUCUUGGAACAGAAGGUUCGUGAGACCCGACAUGGAAAGUAUGAGUAUUUUCGUAUUGGCAGUAAAGGGCAACUUCCCAGCAAAUCGAAAUGGUAUAUUCGAGACAAGGCUACUCAAGAAUUUCCACAUCUCACCAUUUAA